ACUUUACAUUUACAUGUCCACCAGGAGGUGCACCUUUAAAUAGUUUAUCGCCCCUUCCUUUAGGAAUGCCACCGAGUGUCCCUCUGAAUAUGUUUUCUCUUGACAACACGCAAGCAACGCAGGCAACACAAGUUUCCCAAUUACUUUCACCUGCACCUUCGUCACCACUUUCUAUACUUGAAUAUCGCGACUCGCCCACAGCGGAUGAAUUGGACAUUCCUGAAUUUUUCCAAUAUAGCAAAGAAAAAUAUGAAAGUCAAAAAAUGGGAUGUGGUCGACGGAGGAAAUCAUCACGUGAUGAACAUUUCGAUAAUUCUUCUUUAGAUGGAGAUGAUAUUGAUGAUACAAGCAGCACAAUGUCACAUGCUGAGUUUAGGCGUCAAAUACACAUUCAAUCAGAACAAAAACGACGUGCAGAAAUCAAAGAUGGUUUUGAGGAACUCCGUAGGCAACUUCCGACCACUUAUACAGGUCGCAAGAUGAGUAAAGCUGUCUUAUUACAGAAAGCUGUUUCACAUCUAAAGAAUCAGUCAAGGAAGGAGUCUUUUCUCCUCGAUGAAAUCAAUCGCCUGAGUCAAACUUGUAUCUAUUUGAAUGCAGAAUUGGAAAAGGAGAAAAGAGAAUCUAAAUUGUAUGAAAAGAAGGAUUAG